GACGUUACAAACAUUCAUCCACAUGUUUCAGUUUCAGCACCAGUGAUCAGACAAUGAUUCUUAAUCCAGUCCUCAACAAACACCAGAUAAAUAGUUAAUCACAGGCAGUCUGUUCCAUCAUGGAUUUCCUGAAGAGACCACCCGUGCAGGACGAUGCCGUCCAGUACAAGCUGUUUCCUCUCCACAUGGAUGCGCCGGACGCCGAGGAGAAUCAGCCACGCCUCCGGAAGCUCCUGGAGCUCAUCCUGGCCGAGAUCGCUCCUCUUCUAGUCGGGUACAUCUGGCAGCAGCAGCCGUUCAAUCUAAGUUUCCAUCCAGAGAAAGGGAAUGUGCCGGCUCACUUGGGUGGCAGCACGGUGUUCGGCGACAACGUGGAAGAUGAGUGGUUCAUAGUUUACCUGCUCAAGCGCAUCACCCAGACUUUCACCGAGCUGGCCGCCAGCGUUCAGGACAACGACGGUCAGUUCCUCCUGAUCGAGGCGGCCGACUUCCUGCCCAAGUGGCUCGACCCGGACAGCAGCGAGAACAGGGUGUUCCUGUACCGCGGCGAGCUGCACAUACUGCCCGACCGCGCCCGUCCCGGAGAGGCGGGGUGGCCCCGAGAUUCAGUGCCGACGGUCAGGGAAGCGCUGCAGGUCCUCCACACCCACGGGGGGCGCUGCGUGGCAGAGCAAAGCAUCCGAUCUGCGAUAGAACGCCGUGUGCAGGGGUACCCGGGUAACAUCCGGACCGGUCUUCACCGCGCCCACUGUUACAUACCCGCCGGCAUCGCUGCAGUGUUGUCACGGCGACCUGAUCUGGUAGCCCCGGCCGUUUCCGCCUUUUACCUGCGAGACCCUUUUGAUCUUCAGGCCUGCAGGACGUUCCGGAACUUUCCACCUGAUUCAAGAGUCCUCGCAUCGGUGACCUUUACUCGGUGUCUCUACGCUCAGCUCCAGCAGCAGAGUUUCGUCCCGGACCGGAGGAGCGGCUACGCCCUGCCACCUCGAUCCCACCCGCACCACAGAGCUCACGAUCUGGGCAUGAAGCUGGCGCACGGCUUUGAGAUCCUGUGCAGCAAAAGUGAACGUGGAACAGUGGGCGCCGAGAGUCCCGUCAGCACCAACCCACUGUGGAGAGGCUUUCUGGAUAGUCUGAAGAGGAACGGCUACUUCAGGGAGGAACUGGAAGGAUCGCUGCGCUACAGAGAGCUCAUGACGUCCGCUGAGGAUUUUUUCAAGCGCUCGGUCACUAACACGAAGGACUCUCCUGACCAUGGUCCAGGUGAGGAGGUGUUGCGCGUCCUGGAAAAUACGUCCUACAGUCUGGAGGAGCUGAAGGAAAAGGAAGCUCACCUGCCCCCCGAAGACAGUGACGAGUGGUUGAACAUCAGCCCUCAGGAGCUGGACAGGUUACUGGAGGAACGAGGGGGUCAGAGGUCAAGUUUAGGCUCGAACGUACAGCGCGGAGCUGGAAGAAGCGAGGACGAGGAGCAGCAGGAGGAAGAGGCUGGGUACACUCUGGUGGCUGUGACGCAGGGGAUGAAGAACUUCAUUAACGCCGUGUCGUCUCACGAAGGAGCCGAAUUCCCGCGGUCUUGUUUGUCAGAGCCGUUUAGUUUCGACCCAGAGACGAUGACCAGCACACUGGACCGACUGCUCGGUGGCCAAGCCGAGGAGCUGGACUCAGAUGAUUUCGAUGAUGAUGAUGAUGAUGAGGAGGAGGAGGAGGAUGAGGUGGUGAAAGAAGGACCUCAGACGCAGACAGGAGCCGAGACCUUGGACAGUCUGAGGAAAUACAUGGACGAAAUGGACCAGGAGCUCCAGACCACCAACGUCGGCCAGAGUUUCAAGCAGGGCGGCGCCGCAGGUGGACGAGCGCCCGACGGCCCCGGGUGGACAGAAGACGACCUCCGGCCGCUGGACGUGGACGUGAACCUGGUGACCAAUCUCCUCGAGUCGCUGUCCUCCCAGGCGGGCCUGGCGGGACCCGCUUCCAACCUGCUGCACAGCCUCGGGCUCCGCCUGCCCCCGAACGCCGACCCCUCCUGA